CACAGCGCUUUAUGCCAAAGAUAGAACGGGAAAGAUACUAUUCGUAAUAAAAGAAACGCUCAAAAUUACAAGCAAAACUCUAAAAUAAUCAAUAUUACCUAUAAUUAGUGAACCUUUAAUAUUGGACGAUUGUGAAUCAUCCUUUUGGAAUAUAUUGAUAAACAUAACAGCUAUCAGCUUUGUCCAGAUAUUGUGAAAGACCAAAAUGUUCAGUGGAUCAUAUGAGAGAAGGCUGCUGCAGCAGUGCAGCCCUGUGAGCAGGAGACAGUCAGUGUUUGUCAGGCCUGAACCUAUGGAUAGAUUUAUUCCAUGCAGAUUGGAAAAUAAUUGGCGAACAAGUUUUCAAGCUAUCCUAUGCGGCAAUGAAAAUCAACCAGCAAAGAAGCCUCGCAGCGAUGGUAGUAAUGACGGUGCUGGAGGCGGUCGUGAUCACCUCGCAUACGAUUGCCUUCUUCGUAAUGAACUCCUGGAUGCUGACAUCGAGGAGCUUAGAACACCGCCGACGAACUACGCCGAUGGGAACAAAUCAGCUCUAGGGUCAUUGCAAGUGUCACCAGCAACCAAGUGCAAGCCAGUAUUCAGAUUCAGAGCCCCCGUACACAGCGCUGAGGAAAACAUCGACCCAUCGCCCUACAGCCUGUCGCCAGUUUCAGCUAAGUCCCAGAAGCUACUGCGGUCACCCAGGAAAGCAACAAGGAAAAUAUCACGUAUACCGUUCAAAGUCCUAGACGCUCCGGAAUUGCAAGACGACUUCUACUUGAACCUCGUCGACUGGUCCAUUCAGAAUGUGCUCAGCGUGGGACUGGGCAGCUGUGUGUAUCUAUGGAGCGCGUGUACCAGCCAGGUGACUCGUCUCUGUGAUCUGUCCUCCGAAGGUAACGCUGUGACGUCGGUGGCUUGGAGCGAGCGCGGUCACUUGGUAGCCGUUGGAACACAGAAAGGUCACAUCAGUGUAUGGGAUGUCGCCGUUAAUAAGGAGGUAACUAAGCUUCAGGGUCAUAUAGCCCGGGUGGGGGCGCUCGCCUGGAACGGCGACGUGCUCAGCUCCGGCUCCCGGGACAGACAUAUACGACAGAGGGACACCAGAACUCCACCUGUUCAAGCUGCUAGAGUUCUGCAAGGACAUAGACAGGAGGUUUGCGGUCUGAAAUGGUCACCAGACGGACAAUCACUUGCCUCUGGUGGAAAUGAUAACAAGCUAUUUGUAUGGUCUAUGCACUCUACAUCCCCCGUCCAGACGUAUUCGUCCCACGUGGCAGCUGUGAAGGCAAUCGCUUGGUCUCCCCACCAGCACGGUCUGCUGGCUUCCGGCGGAGGAACAGCUGACAGGUGCAUAAGGUUCUGGAACACGCUCACCACGCAGCCAAUGCAGUGUGUCGAUACAGGUUCGCAAGUCUGCAACCUUGCGUGGUCGAAGCAUUCGAGCGAGCUGGUGUCGACACACGGGUAUUCACAAAAUCAAAUACUUGUUUGGAAAUAUCCAUCGCUUACUCAGGUCGCCAAACUGACAGGCCAUUCAUACAGAGUUCUAUAUCUGGCUUUGUCUCCUGAUGGCGAGGCUAUAGUCACCGGAGCUGGUGAUGAAACCUUACGAUUUUGGAAUGUGUUCUCUAAAAUACCGUCGCACAAAGAGAAUAAGAGUGUUUUAAAUCUAUACACGGCCCUCAGAUAAACUGUGAAGUUUCAGUGUUGCCAGUUGAAAGGACUUUGAUAUAAUUAUUAUAAUAUAUUAUAUUAGUUUUGUGUGUCGGUGGAAUGUUUAGUAUAAAUUUUGCAUUGCAUAUAUUGCAUUGUGUAUUUUGGACUUAUUUAUUAUUAUAAUUUUUUUUUCCAUUUUGAAAACAAUUUAUAUUUGCUGUAAUGCUACGUCCUGGAUGUAUGUAACAGGAUGUAACACGAGGCAAACAAUUGAACGGCUAGCUAAAAGUUUAUAUGUCUUGUAAAGAAUUUUUUUUUUUUCGUUAUGAUUUUAAAGUCAAAAGAUGUUAGUGAUUUUAGUAAUGUUAGUAUAAUUAUAAAUAUAGCUCGUAACAUUUUGUAUGGAUGUACAUUAGUUUGUCUAUAUCAUGUAUUUAUUUCAUAGUCAUUUUAAAAACUUAAAUUCUUUUCUUUAUAUAUCAUACAUAAUCGUGUUGUUGUAAAAAAUUUUUGGGUUUUGUUGAAUGGUGUCUGUGCUUAAAGGUGUUGCUAUGCUUGCGAUGUUGCCGACUAAAUGUAUAACGGUAGCCUGGGAUGUUUGUACUAAAGACGGUAAUAUUUUUUUUUUCUAGUUAAUAACAUUAAAAAACAGUUCAAAUUCUAACCCACCGAUGUACAUAGCAGGCAUGUCUACAUCUUUAGAUUCAUAACUCUCGUACUUAUAGUAUUUAAUGCAGUUAUGGAUAUAUAUAUUUUAGUUUCUCACGAGAUAUCAGAUAACGUCAGAGCAUUAAAUGACUUUGAAUAAUUUGAACAGUCGCUUUGGUAAUAUUAAUUUUUAAUAAAUUAGUCUUAGUGUGUGUUUUAUAUUAAUAUUAUAUUUGAGUAACAGCUUUUUAGUGAAAAAUCAUUUGUUAACGUAAAAAAAAAAUAUAAUAGGUUAAGGUCAUCCUUGCCUGUGUAAUUUUAAUAGUAAUAUUAAUUCAUCAGCAUUUAUAAACUAAUAUAGCAUGCUUGAAACAGGAAGUUAUUAUAAUAUAUUAGAGGUACCUCAAAUGAUCUCAAAAACAAACAGACAGCAGACACACAAACGACACCGCUGGUGUCUUAAUUGUUAUAUAUAUUACAAAUUUGCUAGUCUAUAAGUUAAUAUAAAUAUUAUCGCUUGAAAUUCAUAGAAAGCUUAUAUUAUUUGAGUUUCAAGCGAAUAAUCGUUUGUGAGGUACGCUCCUUAUAUAUUGACAUAUAAAUGAUCCCUACUAGAUACAUAUGUAUGUAUAUAUGAAUUGGAUUUGUGCAAUUUAGUUUAUAUAAAUCGGUGAUUUCCUUUUCUGUUUGCUUAAGUAUAUCCCCAUAACAUAUUGUGAUGUAUUUUUUACACAUAGUAUUGUACGUAUGUAUUUUUUGUUUGUAUAUAUGGGUUGUUGGCUUCCAAACAGAACUAGAAAGCACAGAUCAUAACACGGUAUAUAUGACACCAAAUAUUAACUUUUGCGCCUUCUCUUAAUAUAAAAAUAAGAAAUUGUGUUUUUAAUGUAUGUCAAUAUUACGAAAUUUUGUGUUAAACACUACUUAAGUCAUAAAAUUAAUUUGUGAUCCGAUUGGAUCUAGUUUUUGGUGAAAAUUAGCUGUAUUAACAAAAAUUAUUUCAUAUCUAUCACAAUCUUCAUCUAUCUCAACGCUUUAUAUUCCCACCACUUAUAUUAAAUGAAAGAAUUUCUACGUUUAGUUAUUAAGAUAUCAGAAUUGGACCAAAAUAUUAUAUUUUAUUCUAUCAUAGUAACAUUUCCCAUCGCUAAUGUAACUUAAGAGCUCGCGUAACUAGUUAGAUCCAUGGUAUAAUGAAUUGGAACCAUUAAUAUAGAUGUUUAUUUAUUAUAAAGAAAGAUCUAAUAUAUUGCAUUAGUUAUAGUUAUGAAUAGACUGAUGUAGUGUGUACGUGUUGUAAGUGUUUACAUAUUAAAAUGGUGUCUAAAAA